AACACAACGUAUGAUUUCUGUGUCUAUCGAGUUUCGCAACAAACUCGGAGCACAUUUCGCAUAUUGUCGUGCAUUGUAUCAACAUUUUUAUCUCCCUAAACAUUGCCACUGUCGAAAUGGCGAACAAUUCCAGCUACACCUGUCUGAACUGCAGUGUCCGCUUUGCCAAUGCGGAAAUGCAAAGGAACCACUAUAAAACGGACUGGCAUCGGUACAAUCUCAAGCGGAAAAUAGCCGAGCUGCCUCCGGUGAGCAUCGAGGAAUUCGAACAGCGUAUCAACCAGCAGAAAAGUGCCGAUGCUGCCUCGCUUGAGGACCAAUCGCUAUAUUGCAAGGCGUGCAAGAAAUUGUUCAAGACGAAAAAUGCCCACGAUAAUCAUCUGGAUAGCAAGAAACACAAGGAUAACCUGAAGAGCUUCCUGGAGCAGAAUGGGGAUGAGAAGCAAGUGGAAGUAUCGGUAAAAUCAACUCGGGUCAAGCCGGAUGUGAGCGCUAAAAUGCAGCCGAUGGAAGAGGACGUUGAGGAGGUCGAUUCGGAUGAGUGGGAUGAGGAAUGGGAUAAUCCGAUCGAGAACAAUGACUGCCUAUUCUGUAUGCAUCACAGCGAGGAUCUGGUAGGAAAUAUUAAGCAUAUGAGUGUUUCGCAUUCGUUUUUCAUCCCGGACGCGGAAUAUUGUGUCGAUCUGGAAAGUUUGCUGAGUUACCUGGCGGAGAAGAUAUGUCGAGAAUUCAUCUGCAUCUGGUGCAACGAAAAGGGAAGAACGUUCUAUUCGUUGGAUGCCGUGAGGAAUCACAUGGUGGAGAAGGGACAUUGCAAGAUGCUUCACGAGGGGGCAGCUCUGGCAGAAUAUGUGGAUUUUUAUGACUACAGUACUAGUUACCCGGAUCACAACGAUGAAAUGGACAUCGAUGAAGAGCUGGAACCACCACAGACUUUGGAAGGGGAUGAUUUUCAGAUGGUUCUACCAUCGGGGGCCGUUAUUGGUCACCGAUCGCUUCUCCGCUACUACAAACAACGCGUCAAUCCUAAUCGGGCUGUGGUGGUGAAAAAAUCGUCCCAGCGGCUGCACAAAGUGCUGGCUGAAUAUCGUUCCCUAGGGUGGACCUCGACCCAGCAGGAAGCAGCGGCCCGCAACGCUCGUGAUAUGCACGUUAUGAAGAGACAACAGGCCAAACUGAUGGGUCAACUAGGAGUGAAGGCAAACAAGCUGCAGAAACAUUUCCGACAGCAGGUGCUUUUCUAAAUGCUGUAGUUUAUGUUCAAUAUUGAAAAAUGUUUCCAUUAUAGCAUUAGAAUUUAUUUGUAUUUUUUUCGUCCGAAAUGCGUGUAUUGUGCGAGGAAAUAUUGUUGGAACAAAACAAAAAGAAUUGAAUAUACUUUCGUAAAAGGACCACAAUUGGUUAAAA